AUGGAAUAUAUUUGUUCGCGUUCUUCGAAGGAUCCGCGACAAUGUACAUUUCCACCGCGUUGGGAAGGCACCUGGUUUCAAAGUGGCGUGAGGCAAUCGAUUGUAAUAUCCAGGAAUGAGCUUUCCAGUAAAGGCAGGUGUCUCCACAAUGAGGGGGACAAAUUCCUUUUAGUCGACAUGAAAUCCUGCUACCGCUGCGUCGUCAUUCACGAGAAGCACUCCAAUGUUCUCCAGUACAAAGAGACUUACUGCCACACUAGAAACUCCUUGUCGUCUUUAUGCUCGUACAUCACCGGCGAUGCGCUCCUGUACUCAAUGUUUCGCGAGGAGGCACUCCCAGUACCGUGUCCCUUUCGAGGACCAAUGACCUUCUCGUAUAAUCGAGGUCAUGGUACUUGCUCGAUUCCACAAAGCAACGUCGACACGUGCACGGACGACAGUCGACUCCUUUUCAGGUAUCAGGCCUGUCCGGACGUUUCCGCUUCCGAAAGUGCCGUGGAGGAGCUCGAGUGCCUGGCCACAUGGAAGGAGGGUAGCAGCCGGUACCUCGUCGGCCGUUUACAUCACAACCACGCGUCGAGCAACGAAGAUCGAUACCGAUGCUUCGUCUACGAGAAGGCCAGUCAGACGGUGCAGGGCAAUCUAAACAGAGCUGCCAUGGGCAUGGGCGCCAUGCAUCAUGACGUCGCCCUACCGAGUGGACCGGUGCCCGAGGGCGCGGCCGAAAUAUACCGGGUGGCUCAGAGUGGUGAUGCUACUUGCAAUGGCCUUUCCAGUCCUAUGGAGGGCUCUAGAACAAUGACCUUGAAGAAAGUCUCAUCACCAGGCGAAUGCCGUUUCCCGAGCUGGCUGACUGGUCAUAGUAGCGGAGGACUCACAUGGCACACACUAGAUCUCGCAAGAUCCUAUACCUUUCAUCCUAGAAACGCUUCCCUUCACGUAGCUCGAUCAAACGGUAGUUCCUCCAGGUUCGACGGUGGCUCUUUGGAUGGACAGUAUAUUCCUGGACAAGAGGAUCAAGAUGUGAAAAUUCUUUGCAAUAGUAUAAAACAAUCGAACGCUGCUCCGGGCAUGAUAAUGAUCAUGCUUGUUGCCCAUUUCACAGUUGGAUGCCGAAGCGGUUAUAUGUGCAUGGCAUUUUAUCGAAGAGACGGUCACGUUAUAGAGGUACAAACAGGAAGUGCCAUUUCAAGACCGGAAGAAGCCUGCAGUCCACCACAUUUUCAACACAGUAUACCCUACCUCACAUUAGUUAUCAGCGACGAAGGUGGUCACGAGAAACAUUCGAAAAAAGAACUCCUCGGUGGUAAACGCAAAGAAAAAAAAGAUCGAAAGGACAGAGGCUAUGCCACAUUAGAAGGUGAAAGUUCACCAGACGAGGAUCAGGAAACAAAAAGUCCUUCAAAAUCAAAAAAAACCAAAGCUUUUAAAUUUCCUUCAAAGAAAGAAAAACGUGAGAAAUCUAGAGAGAAGGAGGCAAAGGAAAAAGAUGUUGAAAAGGAGAAAGAUAAAAAAAAGAAAGACAAAGAUGAUAAAGAUGCAGAGAAGGAUAAACGUAAAGACAAAGAUAAAGAUAAAUCAAAGCAAAAGUUAAAAGAUAGAAAGAAGGGAAAACAUACUGGUGAAGAGGGUUUAGAUAUUGGCGAGGAGCAACCAAUUUUUGGAGUCAGUUUAAGUCUUGCAGUUGAAAGAAGCCGAUGUCAUGAUGGAAUUGAAUUACCAUUAGUUAUACGCGAUUGUAUUGACUAUGUUGAGGAACAUGGUAUGAAUAUAGAAUGCCUGUAUAAAAUCCCUGGAGUAAAAUCUAAAAUUCAAAAUUUAAAGAAACUUUAUAAUCAGCGAGAAACUGUAAAUAUAUCAGAAUUUGAACCUACGGUAGCUACAAGCUUAUUGGUACUUUUUCUUAGAGAAUUGCCAGAGCCUGUUUUAGAGAAUAGUGAGACAAUAUCAAGAUUUGAACAAGCUGCAUCAACAAAAGAAAUUGCUCAACGGGAGUCACAACUACUUCAAUUAACACAUCAAUUACCAAAAUGCAAUAGAACUCUUCUCGCAUGGGUUACUCUACAUUUAGAUCAUGUUGCAGCCCGUGAAAAAACUACUAAAAUGAAUGCCCAGACAAUAUCCAUGACAUUAAGUCCAGUUUUACAAAUGAGUCACAGGUUAUUAUCUGCCUUACUUUUCCAUUGCAAAGCACUUUUCCCUGAUGUACAAUUAAAAAAGUACAUUCCACCACUUUCGUCUGGUAGUACGAAUUUACCAGAAACUGUAGAAAGUAUAGCUGCUGAAUUAGCAAAACAAGAAUCAUUAUUGUCACAAAUUCAUAUGCAAAUGAAUGCAGGCUUUGUUACAAAAUCAAAAGAAGAAGAAUUAUGGGAAGUACAACGUAUGAUAACGCAAUUAAAGAGAAAGUAUAAAACAGUUCAGAAACUUGAAGGCACAGCACAAAAAAGUUUGGACGAAGAAGUAAAAUCUAGUGAUGAGAAUUCCAUAGAUCCAAAUUUACAAAAAACCAAAGUUAUUGAAAAAGAAACUGGAUUUUUAAAAGUGGAAGGACUGAAGCCGUCUAACUCGAUUGUAAAAAAAAAUAAUCUACACCACAAUCUAGAAGAAAUUAAGGAUAAAUGUCCAACUUGUACAGGAUCGAAUACAAGUAUUAUACAAAAUGAAAGAAAAAUAAAUUCUCAAGAAUUAGAUGUGGUAGAUUCUACUGAAUCAUCUGUUAUGAUUCAAAAUAAAGAACAAGAAUCUAAAGGAGAUAGCACUGAAUCUGAAGCAGAGGAUACUAUAGCUAAAUUAAGAGAAAGUUUAAUUUAUGAAGAGUUAUUAGAUAUGCAAGCGUUAUUGAAAUCUCGUAUUACUCAAGAAAAAAGUGAAAUUAAACGACUGAAAGAAAUGCUUCUUAUGAUAACAGAACGAGAGCCAGAUAAAAAACCAAAACCAAAAGAAAGAGUUCAUUCUCCAAAUGAAGCUGAGAUAACAGCUAUGAUACAAUUAGCCAAAGAAAAUCAAUUAUUAGAGAAAAAAAUGACAACUUUAAUACGUAGCAUUAUUGAAGAAAAGGAUGCUUGUGUGGAAUUGCGUGUCCAAAUAGCAAUACAUCAACUAAUGGCAAAGACUUGACCUUAAAACCAUAACUGGUUCCUUAGUGUUAUAAUGAUGACAUGACAAAAAUAAUUGAAUGAAUAUUACGUUUUGCACAAAAAAAAAGAAUAUAUAGUUUAUAACAUGUUAUAAUUCCUAUACUCCUCAUAAGUCUAUAUUCUAUUAUUCUUCAAAACAAUAAGAGGGUAAAUGCUUUAUAUUCUCCAUUAAGACCCUUCAGUAUUUUACAAUUUGAAAAUACAUUAUUCUAUUAUUGCACAGAAUGUCUUACAAUUGUGUUUAAUUAUGAUGAUAUCAUUCCAGUAAAGAAUGACUGAUUAUCAAUAGAAUAGAAAUGAUUACGUAAGAUUAACAAAUAUAUUGAACUUUCAAUUUUUAAUAAAUAUACAAGAAAUUAUUAAAAUCUAAUUAAAGAUAUUUUGUUUUUGAAUAUUUAUUUAUCUCUUAUGAUCCGCUAUACAAGUAUCAUGUAUAAUGUUAUCAAAGAAAUGAAAAUAAAUGUAAAAGCAAAUAUUUAAAAUAAAAAUAAUUAUUGAUAUUA